AUAUCAAGGUCAUAUCUCAGAUAUUUGGCAUUAAAGGAAGUAUUAGAAGCAGUCCGGCUGCCUCGUGGUUCUCUCUCAGCAAGAUUUCCCUUAGUACCAUAUGCAACGAGGUUUGUGUUCGAACAUGUCCGGAAGGUGGAGCAAGAAGGAAUACCGCAGCCUACGGGGCGGUAGUCAAGCUGCUGCUUGAGACCGGCAAGGUCGACGUUGACUCCAAGGAUCAGUACGGACGGACGCCGCUAUGGUGGGCAGCCAAGAACGGACACGAGGCGGUAGUCAAGCUGCUGCUCGAGAUCGGCAAGGUCGACGUUGACUCCAAGGAUCUGGACGGACGGACUCCGCUAUGGUGGGCAGCCCAGAAUGGACACGAGGAGGUAGUCAAGCUGCUGCUCGAGACCGGCAAGGUCGACGUUGAUUCAAGGAUCUGUACGGACGGACGCCGCUAUGGUGGGCAGCCCAUAAUGGACACGAGGCGGUAGUCAAGCUGCUGCUCGAGACCGGCAAGGUCGACGUUGCUCCAAGGAUCAGUACGGACGGACGCCGCUAUCGUGGGUAGCCCAGAAUGGACACAUGGUGGUGGUCAAGCUAUUGUGAUUGCAGGG